AUGACUUUACAAGGAAGAGAGAACGACAAUGAUAUCAUGUAUGACUUCGACAGGGCGGUAUCUCCAACUGACAGUUUGGGAGAGAACAGAAAGAUGAACAAACCGUUGAUAGAGAAACGACGCCGAGCGCGCAUAAAUAACAGUCUGAGUCAACUCAAGAUGCUUGUCGUUGGUGUCUUGAAUAAACAGACGUCGCCAAAGAACAAGCUGGAGAAAGCAGACGUGUUGGAGAUGACGGUCAAGUACAUCAGGAAUAUCCAAAAACAACAAGUCACAGCUGCCGCUACAACAGACUCUGACGUCAUCAACAAGUAUAAGAGUGGAUUUUACACAUGCGCACAGGAAGUGACAUCAUUCCUGACAAAGGAGAACGAAUGCAUCGACGAGUCAACGAAACUUAAGCUCCUUGACCACCUCGCCAACUGUAUGCAGUCAUCGAGUUGUAGAGAGGGUGCUGACAAAGGAACGAAACGGACCCAACGGGAAGGAAAAGUUCACCUGGCGUCACCGCAACAGAAACUGUCAAAGUCAAUAGCGUCAUCACCUUACCAGAUGACCACCAGAGGUCUUCAUCAAACUCCCCCUGGGCAAGAGAACGCGCCGCUGCGAAGACACCCGCUCCGCCAGGCGGCGUCACCUCUGUCGACAAUCAACCAGAAUUGUCUCUCGUUGACGCCGCCACCUUCAGUCAGCUCACCGAAACUCCACCCUUCAAACAGUUACGCAGACGACUACUCGCCCCGCUCCUCACCCGUCUUACUCUCAAACCAAGGAGGAUCAUGGACCAGAGUAUCAUAUCCAGGUGGCGCUGCUAGCUUCAACAGGAACAACACUUCCGCAGUUGACAUCCCCGUGUCCUCCUUGUCAUCGCCCGCGGACGGUUACCAGGUGUGUUCGCCCGAAGGACAAUUCGCACAAAAGACGAGUCCGCUCCAGGGCGAGGUUCCAUCACCUCUCUUUUAUCACGACAACGGUUUUGGGCUGAAUGUCAGACAGCCCGAUGGUGGCGACGUCUGGAGGCCGUGGUGA